AUGGACGAGGCUCCAACAGGAGACCUUAUGCCUUGGUCCGACGCCUUGCCCCCCUUUAGGGUCUCGGACAAUCUAACGAAGUUAUUGCAAGAGACCAAGCCACGGUUCCCAAAAAAUAUGCGCAUGGUCCACGGGAUCAUGGAGGUGGUGCGGGAGAUGCGCGAUGCGAACAUUAGGUGGAUCGUGAUGGGGGACGACGACUCUAUUUUUUUCGUGGAGAAUAUGAUCGACGUUCUUAGAGGAUUCGAUCAUCGGAAGUACUACUAUAUUGGGGGGCAAUCAGAGUUCAUCAUAGCCAAUUUUUGGUACUCCUUUAACACAGGUUAUGGCGGGGCUGGAUUUAUUUUAAGCUAUCCUCUUGCAAAAGCUCUUGCAAGUGAUAUGGAGAAUUGUCUAAGACGAUAUACUCAACUUGUCGCAUCUGAUACUCAUACUAUGUGUUGUAUUGCUGAUAUUGGUGUCAAUCUAACUCCUCUCAAAGGAUUUCAUCAGGUAUUAUAA